AUGAGGAAGCCGGAUGCUUCAGCUCCAUCGCACGCCGUCAACUCUCCUCGCCGGUCGCACACGAUUGCGAAUGUCAAGCAAAAGCCGAUUUCUGCAGGCCCUCGAAAGCCCGCUAUCCAGUUUGACGGCGAAAGUGUGUACAACUACCGCCAACACGCGUUAUCCAUGCUAAAGGAGAGCCUCGCGUUGAUGGUGCUUCCUUGCGGGUGCUUUUUUGCCUAUCUUGGUUCUUUCUUCCCCGCCCUCCCGGCGGUUCCGCUCGCGGUGAAGGUGCUUUAUUUGUUCACACUGGGGAUGCUCUCGAGGGUGGUCGCGAGGGGUCCGCGCAAUUCCCUCCGGCGGGAUCUCACCGGGCGGCAUGUCGUGAUAACCGGGGGUACGAGCGGGAUCGGGCAGGCAACGGCCGCGCAAUUAGCGCGAAUGGGGGCGGAUAUCACCCUCAUUUCACCACGUAAUCCCGAUGACGUGGAGCCGGCGUUGCGGUUUAUUCGCGCGCAUGGUCGUAGCCCCGCGGCGUCAUCCUCGCCGGCUGACGCGCACGGGAUGGGUGCGGGCUUUCGUCCGUCUCGUCAGCGGAUCGAAUUUCACUCACUCGAUCUCGCGGAUUUCGUCGCUGUGCGCGAUUUCUGCCACCGACUUCGUCAGCAAAACCGGACGAUCGAUAUUUUAAUCAACAACGCAGCGAUAAUGCACCCCAAGGCCGCGACGACCCGUCUUGGGGUUGAAACGCAGCUCGCCGUCAACUACCUCGGGCCUUUUCUGCUUACCGAGGGGCUUCUUCCUCUUAUCGAAGCGGUUCAAGGUCGUAUCGUCUACGUUUCAUGUUCUUCUCAUAUCAGCGUGAAGGAACGCACCUUUUCUACUUUCUUGAAAGGUCAGAAGGUGGGGCGGCAAUCGGCGGGGGAUCAUUUCGAUGGCCUCAAACAGUAUGGCUUUACGAAGCUCGGCUGCAUAUAUCACGCACAGGAUUUAGCGGCGAGAGCCUGCCAGCGAGCGAGCAAAUCGACCGCUGCGGGCGACCAGGUGCCUGCCAGAGCGAAAUUCCGCGGUGUAGUUGCGGCGAGUGGUUAUUUAUACCCCCUUGGGAAGGUGUUUCGCUGCGAUGGUGGUGGAGGGGAUCGUGUACCGCGGUAUACGACCUGCGCGUGCGCCCCUGGAGGCGCGAUCACGAACCUUUAUCGUUUUCACCCCAUGUCGGUUCCUUUUCGACUUCUGUACUACCCUUUUUUGGCGUUCAUGAGGACGGCGUGGGAUGGGAGCCAAACGGUGGUGAACUGCGCCGUCCGGGAGGAGCUUCACAAUGGUGGUUACUACGCGAGCACGCGUUACCAUCCUAGCGGCCUUUCUGAGGCUGCCUGUAGCUCGUCGAUGCGGGAACAAAUGAUGGCGUGGACGAGGAAUACGAUGCAAUCGUACAUGAAUCGCAACUACGUCAAGGGGGAGUAG